GGCCGCCAUUAAAGAAAGGAAUCCAUGAAUUCAAAUGGAAACCAACAGGAACCGAGGCAGAAAUUAUGACCGAAAUAAUCGUUAAAAUAUAGGUCGUUGCCACAUUUAAAGAGGUUUUUACAGGAUUUAUUUCGUUUUUAGACUCGUUUUUGCGAUGGAGGAGUAAGACAGGACGUCUUUAUUUUUUUAAGCAGAGACUGUUUUAGGGCUAAGGGGGAGGGGGAGAGUUGCUUUGCUCUCCUUUUCUUUUUGUUUUAUGAACAUUUUUCGCUGCCUUUAAUUAGUUUUUGCUGUGUGCUUUUGAGAUGUCGACGUGAAGCCCAAACGGUCUCUUUUAUGCGCUUUUAGCUCCGGCGUGGGGAACUGCAAUCGGAAGGUUGUUGAAAUAACUAUCCUCCAGCCAAAUGUUCCAACAAAUAUUUCUCGUUGAUUAAGCCUGAACAUCUUUAAAAACACAAUUUCGCCAAUUGUUCUUUUUUUCCUCCCCGGGAAGUGAAACGAUGGAGAGUUGGAUCUCGCAGUGAAGAAGGAUGAGUUCUUGUUUUGUACCAAACGGGGCCAGCUUGGAGGAUUGCCAUUCCAAUCUAUUCUGUCUGGCUGACUUAACAGGAAUCAAAUGGAAGAGGUUUGUGUGGCAGGGUCCCACCUCCGCGCCCAUCCUCUUCCCAGUGACGGAGGAGGACCCCAUCCUAUGCAGCUUCAGCCGCUGCCUGAAGGCCGACGUCCUAAGUGUAUGGCGGCGCAGUCAGCGGCAGGGGCGGAGGGAGCUUUGGCUCUUCUGGUGGGGGGACGACCCCAACUUCGCCGACCUGAUCCACCACGAGCUUACAGCUGAGGAUGACGGGCUGUGGGAGAACGGGCUUUCCUACGAGUGUCGCACGCUGCUGUUCAAAGCCAUCCACAACCUGCUGGAGCGCUGCCUCAUGAACCGCAGCUUCGUUCGCAUCGGCAAGUGGUUCGUCAAGCCCUACGAGAAGGACGAGAAGCCGAUCAACAAGAGUGAGCACCUAUCCUGCGCCUUCACCUUCUUCUUGCACGGGGAGAGCAACGUGUGCACCAGUGUUGAGAUCAACCAGCACCAGCCCGUGUACCAUCUGACGGAGGAGCAUCUCACUCUGGCUCAGCAAGCGUCCAGUCCCUUCCAAGUGAUCCUGAGUCCUUUCGGCCUGAAUGGGACGCUGACUGGCCAGUCCUACAAGAUGUCAGACCCGCCCACCCAGAAGCUAAUUGAGGAGUGGAACCAGUUUUAUCCCAUCAGCCCCAGCGCCAAGAAUGGUGUGUCGGAGGACAAAGCAGAGGACAUGGAUUGGGAGGAUGACUCUCUUGGCUCUGUGGAGGUCCUCGUAGGUGGUGUGCGGAUGGUGUACCCAGCCUGCCUUGUGCUGGUGCCCCAGUCAGAUAUCCCCGUUGUGGCCCCUGUGGGGUCCUCCCACUGCUCUGCCAUCUACACGGGUGGUCACCAAGUGCCUGCUUCCCAGCGAGAGCCCGCCAUGUCGUUGGUGACCCUCACCCCUCCCACAUCGCCUGAGGAGGCACAGACAGUGGACUCCCACUCGGCCCAGAAGUGGGUUAAGAUGCCUUCAUUGUCUGAUACGUUCAGUGUGGACAGAACAAGUCAUCACGGAGGCAAAGUUCCACGCCGGCAAGCCAGUCAGGUGGUGGAGCGCGUCUGGCAAGAGUGCAAUAUCAACCGAGCCCAGAACAAGCGAAAGUUCUCAGCUGCAACAAACGGUACCUGUGAGGAAGAACGGAAUGAGAAAGCGGGAGUCUGGGAUUUUGUGGAGCCUUCACAGAGGUCGUACUGCAGCUGUUCCAGAUACAAAUCAGUGAAGCAGCGAACAGGCAGCACCCCAGGCCAAACUCCGUCAGCGGGCCAGCCCUCGCAGCCUCUUGCCAAGCACAAAGCUGGGGGAGAGAAGCCAGAGAAAGGUGACAAGCUGCAGAAAAGACCCCAGACACCCUUCCAUCAUCGCAGCCUGACCAGCGACGACGCUUCAAUAGAGGCCGAGGCAACAGCUGGCCAAAGGUUAGCCAUGAGGGGCCAGGACGGAGGAAGAUUCCCCAGUAUACGCUCCACCGAUGUGUCCGGCAUCCAAAAAGCCCCCCAGCUCCACAGUGGGGACGUCGGCGCUUGUUUGUCAGAACAGGCCAACUCUCCCCAACCGCCACCACUUAGCCCCCACCCCUGCGAGUGUGGCGAGGAGUCAGGGGAGGGCAUGAAGAACCCUUCAACCCCCAACAGCCAACACUUUUACCAGUCGCCCUCGGAGCCCGGCCUGGUCGGGGUGAAGGGGGGUGGUGAGGAACCCGGUGGGCCAGAGGGCCUGAAUCAGCACUUCCACUCCCAUCACUCCCACUCCCAUCACCCCCACUGCCACCCUGGAGCUUCAACUUACUCCGAUCCCCCGGAGCCCACUGUCUACGUGGGCUCAGCGGUCAACUUGGAGGAGGACGGCUCCCACGGACCAUGGCGGUUAUUCAACCUACCCCGCAGGAAAGAAGCCGAGCAGCCCACACCACUGCUGCCAGGGGACAAGAUGAGGGACGAGCCCUUAGCAUCACAGGACAACCCGCUGUCGGUCACAGAGGUGAUGUCCACGUCGAAAUGGCCCCUAAAGGUGUCUGAAGAACGUCUCCAGAUGUAUCGAGCCAGGAGGAACCAGUACCUGUCGGCUGCCAUAACAGACGGAUAUCACGAAGCGGAGAGUGACCCCUACGCCUUCGAGGAAGGAGAUGUCAAUUUCACAUUCUCCAACAAGAAGGAUAAGGGAGGCGGGGAGCGGGAGCCUGGCAAGAAACACAAGGGUGAAGAUGGAGGAGCUGGUCCGUCGGAUGAGGCUCAGCGGGUGGCCGCUCACAACCGUAUGGCUUCCAUCAGCCUGAUCCACGAGACGGACUUGGUGGUGUCCAUCAACGACCUCGACAACCUCUUCAAUUCGGACGAGGAUGAUCUGGCGCCUGGUUCCAGGCGACCAGUGAAUGGAACGGAUGACAAAUUUGGCAGCAAGGAACCAAAGACAUCCACUUUGGACCCUGUAUCCUGCAUUAGCUCGGCAGACCUGCACCAGAUGUUCCCCACGCCUCCCUCCCUAGAGCAGCACAUCAUGGGCUACUCGCCCAUGAACAUGUGCAGCAAGGAGUACGGCAGCAUGGAGCACAACACGGGCUUGACCACGAUGGACGGCACCUCAUCUCUGGGAGGCCACUUCAAGAUCGAGGUGGAGGAGAGCUUCUGCAGUCCCAAGCCAUGUGAGAUCCAGGACUAUUCAUUUGUGUACAAGCCAGAACUAUGCCAGCCCUUCGUUGGCUGCUCCAUGUUUGCCCCUCUGAAGGUAUUACCCAGCCAGUGUCUCCCGCCAGUCAAAAUACCAGAGGAUUGCAUCUACCGACCCAGCUGGACCAUGGGCAGGGAGAUGCUCAACCCCGUGCCUGUCAUGACCUUCCUCAACAAGGACAGUAACAUCCCCAGUGUGGGCAGCACCAUGGACCAGGACUACAGCCAGUCCUACACCCCUCAGACCCACACGCCUUUCAUGUCCAACAGUGCUCCACCGAGUAACAGUGGCGCUGGCAUCCUGCCUUCACCUGCCACCCCACGUUUCUCCGCCCCCACUCCACGCACGCCUCGGGGCCCUUCCAGCAUCCAGGGUUCGGUCAAAUAUGAGAACUCUGACCUGUACUCGCCGGCAUCAACCCCUUCCACCUGCCGACCGCUGAACUCGGUCGAGCCGGCCACCGUACCCUCCAUCCCCGAGGCCCACAGCCUCUACGUCAACCUCAUCCUCUCUGAGUCCGUCAUGAACCUCUUCAAGGACUGCAACUUCGACAGCUGCUGCAUCUGCGUGUGUAACAUGAACAUAAAAGGAGCCGAUGUGGGCGUGUACCUGAGCGACCCCGUAGGCGAGGCUCAGGAACCAUGCAGCUGUGGCUUCAGCGCUGUGGUCAAUCGGCGCUACGGCAACGGCUCGGGUCUCUUCCUGGAGGACGAGCUGGAUAUCAUCGGCCGCGGCUCAGACGUCAGCAGGGAGGCAAAGAAGCGCUUUGAGGCGCUGCGGCUCUCCUCGCUGGAAAGGACUGGCGUAGGAAGGGGUGACCGGGUCCCAGAUGAGGUUAUUCUCCUCCUACAGGACCAGUGCACCAACCCAUUUUCACCCAUUUCCAUCCUAGAACAUGACAUAGUGACACGGGGACCAAGUGGGGCCCCUGUGCCGCCCUGUGUGAGGGUGGAGGAGAAGGACUACCACAGCGACUGUUACAUGGCCCUGGAGCACGGCAGGCAGUUCAUGGACAACAUGUCAGGCGGCAAGGUGGACGAGGCGCUGGUCAAGAGCACCUGCCUGCACCACUGGGCCAAACAAAACGCGGUGGACGUGAGUGCGCUGUGCUCUCAGGAUGUGCUGCGGGUGCUGAUGUCCCUCCAACCCGUACUCCAGGACGCAAUCCAGAAGAAGAGGACAGUAAGGUCGUGGGGCGUUCAGGGUCCCCUCACCUGGCAGCAGUUCCACAAGAUGGCUGGACGGGGCUCUUACGGCACAGACGAGUCCCCAGAGCCCCUGCCCAUCCCCACCUUCCUGGUGGGUUAUGAGUACGACUUUGUGGUGCUGUCUCCGUUCGGUCUGCCCUACUGGGAGAAACUGCUGCUGGAUCCCUUUGGCUCCCAGCGGGACAUCGGGUACCUGGUGGUUUGUCCUGACAGCGAGGCCUUGCUCAGCGGUGCCAAGAGCUUCUUCCGAGACCUCACCGCUGUCUACGAGUCAUGUCGCCUGGGCCAGCACCGACCCAUUUCCAAAGGUUACCCCGAUGGCAUUGUCCUCGUCGGCGGCAAUGGGGCCAAGAACCUGGUGGAUCAGCCAGUCAGCGACUGGUUCCUCAAGGCUGCCAGCAGCAACAGCGACGCCUUCACUAAGCUCAAACUCUAUGCACAAGUGUGCCGCCACAACCUCGCCCCAUACCUCGCAUCACAGCCAUUGGACAGCUCCCUCCUCACACAGCCCAGUCUCCCGCCAUCAUCCACACAACUGUCUAGCUCCACCUCCAGCUCAGUCGGCCAGCAGAGUUCACUGAACUCUGCGGGCUCCUCCGUUCCCAUCAUCAUCAACAACAACAACAACAGCAACAGCAGCAGCAGUGGGUCCGGAAACGGCUCCGCGUCAUCCAACAGUCUGGUGACAUCCUCGGGCCAGCUGGGCCCAGCUGCCAAGCCCAGCUCUUUCCCCCCCUUUGGGAGCAUGGGCAGCCAGGGCCAGGGAGGUGCCCCCCAGAGUGGACAGCUGGGGCAGCAGGAUGGUACCCAGAAUACUGGUACCUCGGGGGACAACUCCAGCAGCCAGGCCCAGGGGCCCACAGAGCCACUAGAAAGCACUUUGGAACGAGAGAAGGUAGGCGUGCCCACGGAUGGGGAGUCCCACGCCGUCUCGUAUCCACCCGCCAUAGUUGUUUACAUUGUGGACCCCUUCAGCUACGAGGAGGCUGAUGGUGGCCCGGGGCCGGUGCCGGCCCACUCCAGUGUGUGGACGCUGGGUUUGCUACGCUGCUACCUUGAGAUGCUUCAGUUCCUUCCCCCACACAUCCGCAAUUCUGUUUCUGUACAGAUUGUCCCCUGCCAGUACCUGCUGCAGCCAGUACGAGGCGAAGACCGCCACAUCUACGCCCAGCACCUCAAGUCUCUUGCCUUCUCCGUCUUCGCUCAGUGCAGACGACCGCUGCCCACCUCCACCAACGUCAAGUCACUGACGGGCUUCGGCCCGGGCCUGGCCAUUGACACCGCACUGAAGAGCUCUGAGAGGCCGGAGUGUCUGCGUCUGUACACGCCCCCGUUCAUUCUAGCACCGGUGAAGGACAAGCAGACGGAGCUCGGGGAAACAUUUGGGGAGGCAUCGCAAAAAUACAACGUGCUGUUUGUCGGAUACUGUCUGUCCCACGACCAGCGCUGGAUCCUGGCUACAUGCACUGACCUGUAUGGGGAACUCCUCGAGACCUGCAUCAUCAACAUCGAUGUGCCCAACAGGGCACGGAGGAAAAAGGGCUCUGUUCGGCGGCUCGGCCUGCAGAAGCUGUGGGAUUGGUGCUUGGGGCUGGUGCAGAUGACCUCAGUUCCCUGGAGGGUGGUGAUUGGCCGACUGGGAAGGAUAGGACACGGAGAGUUAAAAGACUGGAGUAUUCUGCUGAGCAGGAGAAAUCUCCAGUCACUGAGUCGCCGUCUGAAGGAAAUGUGUCGAAUGUGUGGCAUCUCCGCCUCGGAUACUCCCAGCAUCCUCAGCAUGUGCUUGGUCGCCAUGGAGCCCCAGGGAUCAUUUAUCAUCAUGCCAGACUCGGUGUCGACGGGCUCAGUGUUUGGCCGCAGCACCACCUUGAACAUGCAGACGUCCCAGCUGAACACCCCACAGGACACCUCCUGCACCCACAUCCUGGUCUUCCCCACGUCCGCCUUCGUCCAAGUUGCCAGCUCCAAUUACACCAACAUCGACCCGAACAUCGAUAUUUUAAACGCCACCACCGAUGGGUCCGAUGCCAUCGGGAUCUUUGACCUGCUGGACCAGGAAAACGAGUUGGUGGACCCGGACAUCAUCAACAUCUCGCCCAACACCUCGCCAGUACACUCCCCUGGCUCUCAUUACCACCAUGGAGGUGAUGGCAGUAAGGGCCAGAGUGCUGACCGUAUGGAGUCUCACGAAGAGGUUCCUAACCUCCUGCAGCAGCCUCUGGCACUUGGCUACUUUGUCUCCACGGCGAAAGCCGGCCCACUACCCGACUGGUUUUGGUCCGCCUGUCCGCAGGCUCAGAACCAGUGUCCACUCUUCCUCAAGGCCUCUUUGCACCUCCAUGUGUCUUCAGUGCAAUCAGAUGAACUAUUGCACAGCAAACACUCCCAUCCCCUCGACUCCAAUCAGACCUCAGAUGUCCUCCGAUAUGUGCUGGAGCAGUACAAUGCCCUCUCCUGGCUGACGUGUGACCCGGCUACGCAGGACCGACGGUCGUGUCUACCCAUUCACUUUGUGGUGCUCAACCAGAUGUACAACUUCAUCAUGAACAUGUUGUAGCCAACAGCCCCUUACCGACGCAGAUGUCGGGGAAACAUUUCAAAUAAGAGGAAAGCAAUGACUCCUGAGGGGGUUUCAUCAAGACUAAAGCAAACUGCAAGAACCAGACCGGCGCACGGAGCUGGAUCCUGCGCCAAGAUGGGAUUAGACGGCUGUUACUGAUUGAGACAGUCCAGUCCGUUUGAAUCAAAGAUGUGCACAUAGCGACACAGGAAUAAAGAUGAGGGGGAACCAGAAAUUAAGUUACAAAUUAAUGAACGUGGGAGAAUGACCGAUUGGUUGUGAUGGUAUGUAGCGUGGCAGCACAGUCACUGGCCAGUGUGUAUUGGAGAGACAAAUCUAUUUGUAAAGUUAUUGCAAGAAAAGGGACAUAUUUGAUCGUGGAAAAAAUGGAUCUUUGGUUUUAAGACAUGAAAGUUCUUUUUAUUGCUUUGGAUGAAAUAGUAUCCAAAUGAAAUGCCUGCAUCUAUCUUAUUUAUUGUAAGUUUUUAAAUGUAUAAUUUGUCUUAUUUCUUAACCUCUUUUAUAUAUAAAAAAAUGGAGAAGGUUUAUAUCACCUUCCUGCUUUAAAGCAAUUGGUCUAAGAUAUAUGUAAUCAUCUUAAUUUAAAAAAAAUAACCAGGAAAGAAAAUCCCAUACAAAUGAAAUCAAGUCGCAGUAGGUUGCUUUUAGAGUGUUAUUUUUUGUAAUGGAGACUGAAUAUUUGUAUUGUCACAAUGUACAGAAGAAUGAGAGUGGAGAAUUAUGUUCCAUGCCUUUGAGCAUGGACGACUUACAGCAAAGCUGUAGCUACAGAGGACUUGUCCAGCAAUGAACUUCACUGUGUUCAAAAAAAGAAGUACAUUGUUGUGUAUAGUAUUUUAUACCACACAUUUAGACACAUGAACCAAAUGGCAAUAUAUAUAAAUAAUUAUAUAUGAAUGCCAUGCCAGCAGUUGGUGGUGUGGCUUCUGUUUUAGGAAUAAAGUGCGUCAACUUAU